AUUAAUCUGCUUAUCAUUUCCGUUGGUAAUCAUUCGUUUUUAUUUUGGAAAACUGUAUUUUCAUAAUAUACUUUAAGAUGUCCUAUCUCUAAAUACUCAACAAUUUUGGGGCAUGGUGAGAAAGUAAAGUUAUAUUGUUGAAGCAAAGCGUACCUGUCAGCCAACACACGAAAGUUUUGUUGGUAUUAUUAUACAUAUUCACCCGUCUCACCGAAAAAAAAGACCAGUAAAGUACUUAGGCCACAUAUAACACAGUGGUGUGUAUCUUUAUUGUCGCAAAUUGUUUGUUCUUGGGAUAUUCAUUUUUGUAAAAUUUAUCGUUAAGGUAUGUUAGAUUAGGUUAGGUUUAGUUAGGUUGACUCAACUGGUUGGUUACCCUAUUUUAGCACAUUAUACUUAGUUGUUGGAGGAGGUACUGGUAGCUAUAUAAGGGCAGCACAAAUCUGAAGGUAUGCCAGUCAACUAUUAAAUAGUGCAGAAACAGAUCAAGCAGGGGAAAAUAGUGACGAGUUGUGUACCUUUUUCAGACAUUGACAAAAAUCAAUGAGUAUUAAUGUCAGUGGAUUCACGAGUAAAUGUUAUGAGCAAGAAAGAUUAUAAUGAAAUCAGAGUAGGCACAAAUUUAAGAGAGAAGAUCGUGUUGUCUAAUCAAGGAAUUGGCAAAGAAAUGGGCCCAGAAAUUGAUGCAAGGCUGAUCUGAAUGAGCUGGAUUCCAGUGCCACAACUUUGCUGCUCUGCCUUCAUAUUUCCUGAAAUCCUGUGGAAGAACAUGAAGGCAUGAUAUAGCUAUUUCGUAUGGAAUGACUCCUGCCCCUUUGUCAGAAGCCUUUCUUUCUGCAUCCAGGAUAUUACAGAGGAUAUGGUGUAAUGGAUUGACUUCUGUCUUUCCUUACUUACCUUUACGUGGUUUCUGUGAUGUGCCGCCCAAGACCCAGAAGAUGGUACGUGUCCUCAAUGUGGCUGAGAAGAAUGAUGCAGCCAAAAACAUUGCUGAGAUCUUGUCCCGUGGACACCUCACACGUCGUGAGGGGUUCAGCAAAUACAACAAGAUUUAUGAAUUUGACCACAACUUGAAUGGAAACAACGUGAAGAUGGUGAUGACCUCUGUCAGUGGCCACCUGUUGAACUAUGCAUUCUCUGGUGCAUAUAAGAAGUGGGAAGGAUGCAACCCCCUGGAUCUUUUCAGUGCCCCAGUGUUCAAAGUCUGCCCAGAGGACUCAGAACCCAUCAAGCGCACAUUGGAGCGGGAGGCAAGGUCUGCAUCCAAGCUUAUCAUCUGGACAGAUUGUGAUCGAGAAGGAGAGAAUAUUGGCUUUGAGAUCAUUCAAGUGUGCCAAGCUGUGAAACCAUCUCUUCAGGUACAACGAGCUAAAUUUUCUGAGAUAACAUUCCGAUCAAUACAGCGAGCAUUGGAGACACUGACUCGCCCAGAUGAGAAUCUCAACAAUGCUGUGAAUGUGCGCAGUGAGCUGGACUUGCGAAUUGGGGCAGCUUUCACCAGGUUUCAGACUCUGCGUUUGAAGAAGAUUUUUCCAGAGACACUUGCCGACACUAUACUAAGCUAUGGUUCUUGUCAGUUUCCCACACUUGGCUUCAUCAUUGAGAGGUUCAAGGCCAUUGAGAACUUCAUUCCUGAACAGUUUUGGAAGUUGAAAGUAACACACAAUAGAGAUGACAUCGUGACUGAGUUCACAUGGCAGCGGAAGCGGCUGUUCCACAAGCGUGCAUGUGAAGCACUAUUUGAUGUGUGUCAGGAGAACCCAGAGGCUUGCAUCACCAAAGUCACCACAAAACCCAAGAGCAAGUGGCGCCCUCAGCCUCUUGACACUGUGGAACUAGAGAAGCUGGGCAGUCGAAAGCUGAGAAUGAAUGUCAAAGAGGUCAUGAAAGUAGCAGAAAAGCUGUAUACCAAUGGUUUCAUCAGCUAUCCUCGCACAGAAACCAACAUUUUUCCCCAGGAGCUGGAACUUGCUCCUUUGGUAGAGAUGCAGACAGCAGAUCCCAACUGGGGAGGAUUUGCGGCUGGUGUCCUUGAGAGGGGUCCCAAUCCCCGGCAGGGCAAAAAGACUGAUCAAGCUCAUCCUCCUAUCCACCCCACCAAGUACACAUCUAGCUUGUCUGGGGCUGAGAAAGCUGUCUAUGAUUUGGUGGUACGACAUUUCCUGGCUUGCCUCAGUGAUGAUGCUCGUGGCAUGGAAACUGUGGUGGACAUGGUCAUGGCUGGGGAAGGGUUCCAUGCUAAUGGACUUGUCAUCCUGGAGAGGAACUACUUGGAAGUUUAUCCAUAUGAAAAUUGGAGUGGUAAAGUGAUAGCACAUUAUGAACAGGGGCAAACUUUCCAGCCCACUACUCUUGAGAUGGUCAGUGGAGAGACAAGUGCUCCUCCAUACUUGACUGAAGCAGAUCUUAUUGCCCUGAUGGAGAAGCAUGGCAUAGGCACUGAUGCCACACAUGCUGAACACAUUGAGAAGAUCAAACAACGAAACUAUGCAGGCUUGGAGAACAACCACUUCCUGCCAGGCAAGAUUGGUUUAGGCUUGGUGGAAGGCUAUGAUGAUAUGGGCUUCCAAAUGUCAAAACCCAAUCUUAGGGCAGAGUUGGAGUCAGAUCUCAAAGAGAUAUGUGAAGGAACCAAGGAUCCCCAAGAUGUCCUGCGGCAACAGAUUGAGCAGUACCGCAGUAUAUUUGAAGAAGCUAUGCCUCAGGCACUCAAGAUUGAUGCUGCAAUGGGCAAGUAUUUGGAGGAAAUGCCUCAAGCCCUUCCUCAGGAUGUGACCAUUCCUGACAUGCCUCAGUUCAUUAAUGUCUGUAAAUGCCCUGCUUGUGGCUCUGAUAUGGUGCUGAGGGAGCGACAAACAGGUGGUUUCUUCAUAUCUUGCCAAGGCUUCCCUCACUGUCGAGUGGCUGUCUGGUUCCCCAGUGAUGUCAAAGGUGUGACAGUGUUGCAGGAUACAUGUACACAGUGUUGUGGAUCACCAAAAAAACUUGAGUUCAAGCUACGUCCCAAUACCUAUGUUUGGUCUUUACGCAAUCCUUGCAUUACCUGCAUUGGAGGAUGUGAUGAGGAACUGUAUGACCUACUUCAGUUCAAGUCUUUGAAAAAUUGCCUUCCGCCCAACACAGGUGGUCAAGUUAGGUCAGGAGCUGUAGGUGAGCCAAGGCUUGAUAACACAAGAGGCCGACCAGUGCAUAGCAGGGGUAGAUCAGGACAUGGCACUGGAGAAGGCAGACAGUGGCCUGAUAAUGGUGGAGGUAGGCCAGGGCCAGGCAGUGGUGGAGGUAGGCCAGGGCCAGGCGGUGGUGGAGGCAGGCCAGGGCCUGGUAGUGGUGGAGGCAGGCCUGGGCCAAGUAGUGGUAGAGGUAGGCCAGGACCUGGCAGAGGUAGAAGCAGAACAUCAGGGUGUGCAGAUAUCAAUAAUUACUUCACUAAUCUUCCACCAUCCACCAAUAGCCAACAGAGGACAAAUUCAGAUUCUUUGAGAGGUAGCUGGCCUAAUAGCACCUCCAGCCAGAGUCAGGCUUCAGGAACCAGCAGGGGUACUAGCUCUUUUAAUUCUACUCAGAGAAGCUCAGGUUAUGGUUCCUCAUGGAGCACAUCAGGCAGUAGCAGACACAUGGACCAGGAGAACAAGAUCGUAUGUUCAUGCAAUAAAGAAGCAAUACUCUUAACAGCAAGGAAUGGUCCUAACACAGGGAGACCCUUCUAUCGUUGUGCUGACUUCCAGAAUAGCUGUAACCUUUUCCUGUGGGCAGAUGAUGACAACAGUAUGAGAAGAGAGAGAGACAAAGACACAGGAAGAGGAAGGAAUCAGACAGUCCAAUCAUCAUCAAGAGCUACAAGGCCCAUGCAGAGUAAUGGAGAUGAAGAGGUAUUAUGUCAGUGUGGAAACCCUGCCAAGCGGUUAACAGUGGUAAAGGACACACCUAACAAGGGCCGGCAGUUCUAUAUUUGCAGUAAGGAUAGGGGCCAGGAAUGCCGAUUUUUUCAGUGGGCAGAUGAGCCAUCCUCUGAUAGUGACAGGAGACAAGGAGGCACUGCAGAAGGAAACUGGAAUGGUGGAAGGAUGAGUAGCAGUGGUUGGAGCGAGGAGAAGCGGGGAGUCAAGAGAGGCCAUACCCAAAGUCAGCAGUCAUCAACCAAGCGGAAGUGUGGACUGUGUGGAGGUUUUGGGCAUGACAGGAGAAAUUGCCCCCAAAAAGAAUCAUAACCUUUUUCUAUAGUUUUGCCCUUCUAUACAUUUAUACUUACAUCACUGUAAACCUACAAUUGGAGUCUAGUCAGGAUCUGUGCAUAUUGGCUGAAUUAUCAGUGAGGCUGAUUUUCAGUACAUGUUUGUCUUGUAUUUCCAUUAUGGUCUUGUACAUGAGAUCAAGCAGUUAUACAUAUUGAAUCCAAAUUCCUAAUGGUGUCUAAAGAUAGUAGAUAAAAAAAUAUGCAAACACAUACUGGUAAAUGUAUAGAAUUACAAUACAAAACUGAAACUUAGGUGCUUGCCUUGGUUUUAUUUGGAAUGUGUUCAUAACAACACGCAUGGAUUUGAUCUUGUCAUUUCAUUCAUAAUGAUUAUAUUCAUCAGUUUGUUUUGGGUGAUUUCUUGUAUUUCAUUGGCCUGUGGUAUCAUGAAAUUGUUCCAGAAAGUCAGUCAAUUGUUCUAGAAAACCAUAAUUGGCACCAAUUGCUAAUUUUGAUGUCGGGAAUUCAGAUGUACUUCAUUGUUUAAGAUUUUAUUUAUUUUUCUAGCCAUUGGUAAUUUUGAUAUUGGUUUAACUCUGAACUAAUGUUUUGGGAUUUGUGAAAAAAAUAUAUUUAAAUUUUUUAGCACAAUAUUAAGAUGGUAGACUUCUGUGAAUUUUGUCACCAAGUAUUAUGGUGUACUUGUUCCAUUGGCAGCUACUCAAAACUUGUAUAUAUUCUAUUAAGAGUGCUCAGUCUGCCUAUCUGUCAGUGUCAUUUUCUUACAUCAAUGAGGUCAAAUUUUCAAUAUGAAAUGAUUGAUAAUCUGUGCUGGAAAAAGAAAAAAGAUAAUUAAAAAAAUUUGACUCAAAAUUUAUCAGCAAAAUAUCAUAAUACUUCAAGAGGCAGAGUGACUGGGUUGAAGAUUUUGGCCCAGGCUCUUUUUUGCUUUCUUGCUGUAUGUUUUCUGUGAGCCAUAUCAGAACCUUGUCUGUUAUUUUGUGCUGCACACAGGUGCCUAGUGUACAUAUGUAAUUUAUCUUUGCAGAAUUUAUAACUUUUAUAAGUACAACCUUAGUUUUAUGAAGUUAGCAUACCAAUUUUAAUUUACUAAGGUUAUAUAAAAGAUUUUGUAACUUUGCCAUCAUAUGGAGAAGGAUACUGAUUAGGAUUUUAUGCUUCUUAUUUUAGUAGAUUUAUAUCACAAAUAAGAAAAAUAUUCCCCCUGUGCCAAGGUAAUAACUUGGCUGCACACUUUAUGGUCAGGUUGGAAGAAUACUGUUACCAUAUUUCAUGUACAUUGUAGAAGGGAAGGAAACAAGACCUUAUGUCUUGUCUUUGUUUUGUCUUUUUUUUUAGGGAUAUCUCAGUGUGAUAUAAGCAUUCAGAAAGUGUCUGCCCUAAUGCCAAGGUACAAAGAAGCUGCCUACCAUUUGAGUUUAAUGUGUGCCUCUAGUAACCACAUGUUAAGGUCCUUCCAUUUCUGGAGAUGCUUUUUUUUUUUUUCUGGAAUUUGUUUUAGAAUGGCUACCAGAUACAUCAUUGCAUUCAUAAUGUCUUCCUGACUCAAACUGGGGUCCUUUCAGCAACAUCUCCAAAAAUAUAGCCAAAAAUCACAAUGAACAGUAUCUGGAGAAUAGGAAGCCUCAAAAACUUUGGAACUUGCUCUUUGGCCAAGAAAUUCUUGAUCAGAUGCAAAGAGUGCAGGCUGGCAUAAGAAACGAGGUAUGAGAACUGGGCAACUGGUGGCUGCCUUAUGCCAAUGCUCUGGCCCAUUCAUCACAUCUGAACCUGGACUUCUUGGCCAAGCACUGAAUUCAUCAGAUUGACCAAGCAAGCUCCUUUCUUUGUAGACAUGGCUCCUUGAAAUAUCUGGGUGUUCCUUAAGCUGAAGAUGUUGCUGAAAUUACCUUAGUUUAAAAGCAAAAAUGUGAUGAAUAUCUGAUAGCCAUUCCAUUACAAGACUUACAGAAAUGGAUUCACUGAUGGAAUAAUUGAUUAAUUAUGUGUGUGGUCACAAGGAGUGCAAUUAGAAGGAUAUUAGAAUUAAAACACAAAAAGCAAGCCAUCUUUUUUGUCUAUUGGGUUAUGGUUGGAUGAAUUUUGAAGAGACCUCAUAUAGAUGGUUGAAGAAAAAAUUUACUUUUACAGAUACAUAUGUAUUGACAGUGAUAAAAGAAAAUAUUAAAUUGCAUAUGUAAAUAAAUACAUUUUAUAGUAAAA